GGGCCCGCCGGGAGUUGUAGGCGCCGCGGCGGGGCUCUGUCGUUACUUCCGGCAGGGCCGUGCUCCGUUUCCGGCGCGAUGGCGAGCGAGCGGGCGCGGGGCGCGGGCAGGCGGCGGGAGAAGGCGGCGGCGGCGGAGCGGGACGAGGAGGCGAUGAACCGCUGCGUGCUGCACUUCUACUUCCAGCAGGCCGUGGCGGCCUACCGCGCCGGAAGGAACCGCGACUUCCGGCAGCUGCGCGACGUCAUGCAAGCACUGGUGGCGCGGCCCCUGGAGAAGCAGCCGGCCGUGGUGCAGCUGCUGCGUGUGAUGCAGUUCCUGUCCCGCAUCGAGGAAGGCGAGAACUUAGAUUGCAGCUUCGACAGAGAGAUGGAUCUCACUCCGCUUGAGUCAGCAAUGGGCAUCCUGCAGCUGUUUCAGAAAGAGUUCAGCGUGCCUGAAAAGAAGGUGGAACCUGUCCAGAAAAUGCUGAAGGAGGCUGCCGUUAUCGUCUGCAUCAGGAACAGAGAGUUUGACAAAGCUUCAGCAAUUUUAAAGAGGCACAUGGGGAAGGAUCCCAGGGUCCAGAAAAAGAAGGCAGAGUUGCAGGCCAUCAUCCGGGAGAAGAACCACGCUCAUCCGAUGAUCAGAAACUUCUCGUACGGGGACUUCCAGCAGGACAUGUUCCAGUUCCUGAAGACCUACGUGGACACCUCCGAGCCAGUGCUGGUGACGAUGAUGAAGACUUUGAAUUCAGAACGUGCUGGAGAACCAAAAUGCUUACCGGCGGCUCCAGGACCUGCGAGCGGGGCCGAGGACCAGGCAGCAGCUCCCGAGCCCGUAGAGAUGGAACAGGACCCAGCAGGAGCUCCAAAGCCCGCGGAAACUGCAAAAGACACGGCGGUACCUCCCAGCCCUGCGGAGAGGGCGGAGGACCCAGCAGGAGCUCCUGAGCCCAUGGAGGAAAGCAGUUACCCUGCAGCAGCUCCUGAGCACAUCAUAGCGGCGGUUAAGAACCUGGAAGAUGUUUCAGAACGUAUGGAAAUAUCCGAGCAGCCAGCGGCAGCAGCCCCAGAGCCUGCAGAAGCGCCUGCCAAGGACUCGGAAAGGCAGCCCUCUGGAACCGUAUCCGCGUUUGGGAUUUCUGUUCUGAGAGAAGCUUUCAAGAUGCUGUCAGACUCCCAGGAUUCAGAUGCGCUCUUCGCCAAACUGGAUGAAACAGACUUUUCUUUCCCCAAGCAACUGUCUCCUUCUGUAUCCCACAGAAACAAGAGACGGAAGGAAGAGGAAAACCAAGAUUCUGAGAUCUCAGACCCUCCUGAAAUCCCCAAUAAGGUCAAACGCUUGACCAUAAGCAAACUUGUCAUGGAGCAAGACAACCAGAGCAACGAGUCGAGUGAAAGCCCAGACUCUUCCCAGGAGCCAGUUGUAUCUUCUGCCUCUAAAUCCGUUCAGAAAUUGCCUAACCAGCAAGAGUCUACCGAGAGUGCCAAGUCCCAGGAAAGAAAGUGGAGCAGUUUAUACACUGAAGAACAGAAGGACAGCUGGAGUGAUGAGGAAGAGCUCUUCUCAGGCGUAGCACUGCCUGAGCAAAACGGCCACAAACCUGCAGGCUUUGUUUCCAAGAAGCAGAAAUGGACGAUGCAGGAAAGUGAGUGGAUCAAGGAGGGAGUAAAGAAGUACGGAGAAGGGAGAUGGAAGGCCAUUCGCCAGAAAUACCCCUUCCAGAACCGCACGUCGGUGAUGAUCAAGGAUCGCUGGCGGACCAUGAAAAGGCUGGGGAUGCUCUGAAGCUGGGAGCCACGGGAUCUGCAGUGCAAAACUGGUUUUGUUUUUGUUUUGAAAGAUCGACCAGAGCAAUAAUAGCAGUGAGGCUGCAGCGCUCUUCCCUGAUGCGCAGCAGCUUUGGGAUUUUGGCGUUUGGUACCAGAGACUGCUGCAGCAGAUAGAACCAUGUGUGGCAAGAACCGAAGAGUCUUGUUCCUUGAGUUGUAGAUAGAAGGUUUGGGUCUUCUGCGGGUGGUAGAAAGUGCACAGCUUGACCGCGUGUGCUUGGAGAUGGCCUCUGUCAGGACUUCCUUCUCCACCUGACAGCUGCAGCCCUUGCAGAAUGAGUAUCCACCUGAUGGGCUGCUGAAACAAGUUCUCUGUUCAGGUACUGUCCAGUGACAGGAUAAUUUUAUCAGUGGCUGUUAGUGUUUUAAUUCGUCUAACUGUUGGAAUUUUGUUUCUUCUCUCCCUUGUGGGAGAGGCAACACAUAGCCCCAGAGCUUCUGGGCUGAAGAGAUGUAGGAAGGUGAGUUACUGGUUUACUCCCACAGAUCUUUGCUUCGUAAAUGUCCGGUCUGCAAGUGGGAAUUGCUCUCUGCUUUCUGAGGCUUUCACAACAUCUUUUUCAGUACUUCAGUGUUAAUUAGUUCCAUGUUAAACAGUUCAGUGUUUAAUGACUUUGAUCCUCUCUUACUGACCCCUCUCCUUCCUGGUGACAUCCUCCGUGUGCGAUUCCUGCAAGCACGUGAGCUCUGAGCGCUGUUUCUUGCCUUCAGGGCCCAGGGCUGGAGUCCAGGUCUGAAUGAUCUGCAAAAUAAAGUUCCUUUCCUGUUGAGUACC